CUGGUUCGUCUGUCUGCAUCUUUUCAAUGAAAAACCCUUGUUCGAAUUUCCUGUAUUUGUCUUGAAUUGCCCAUAUCUUUUUAACCUACUCGUUAAUUCGUAAACACCCGGAAGAGUUCUAACGUUGUUUGAGUUAAAUCCCUCGACUUUAUUGCUGAUUUUAUCGAGAGGAAUUUCCUGAAGUGGGUUGGUGUUCACUCUUGCUGAGGAGCAUGCAGCGUCUUCAUCGGCUGAGGAACAGAGGUUCGUCCAUGGCUGAUCUUCUUUCCGUGCCUCAGAUGCGGAAGAAAACUUUGAGUGCAUGGAUUGCCGUUCAAGACACCUAUUUCUCCGCUAAGGACAUUUUCGAGGCACACAAGGUUGUAUUCACUGUAUCAACUUCUAUUGCAUCAGUGGCUACAGCAUGGGUUGGCUACACUAUGCGCCACUAUCAUGAAUCAAAAGUUGAGGAAAGACUGGACUCCAUUGAAAAAGCUAUGAAAAACAAGUAUGACAUUGAACAUGGUGAGUUUAAGAAGCUGAUUGCCCCGGCCAAUUCUAGCACUGCUUCAUAUGUUGCCACUGCAGGAACCAGUUUGAUUAUCGGGUAUGGUUUGGGUUGGAGGGGAGGAAAAUGGUACGCUAAUAGGCAGGCGAGGAAAGAACAGAUGAAAGUGUUGGGACAGAUGAAACCGAAGAAGUGGCAGCUUAAUAAUUUCUUUCCACGGACGCCUAUUUUGAGACCUAAAUCAUCGCUAGCCAGAAAGAUGGAUGGAAACACUAAAUCUUCAGAUGCUUCUCCUCCUCCUGCUGCUGCUGCUGCUGCACAACAAUAGAAACUGUCACCCAAUUUUUUUGACCAAUAUUUUACAUACUACAGUAUUGUUGUUGCAGGCUCAAUAUUGCUCUUUUUUUGAAUAAUCAUGUUGAUAUUCAUACCUAAAUCCAUUUUCUGUAUACAGGAAAGUCAAAUAUUUCAUUUUAAUUAAAAGUUUGUAUUAUAGAGUUGUCUUGAAUAAAAGACUACUACUAGUUAGUUCA